UGCAUGUCCACGCUGAGGAGAAGUCAUUGCAUAACUUAUUUUCCGAGGUUGCGGUUCGGCACUGCAUACGCUACUUGUCACUAGACUUUGAUUCGAUUUCGUCUCUAUAGAGACAAGCGGAAAUAAAGGGACCAAGUGCUAGUUGAAAAUCGAAGCGCAAUAUAGCCUGGCGCGUUUUUUUUGCCCGCGAGUUCAAAAGUGCGCUUUCUGCAUUUCGGGAAGUGUGUAAGGGUGAAUGAAAUUUUGUGAUCGAAAACUAAGCGAAAACUAAGCUUUUCUUAGUCGAAUGAACUUCUCCUUUUUUAAGUCGAACUGGUUAUCCUUAAGUACUCAACAUGAAGUUAUUGGUGCUCAUCAUCCUUAUCGCUGUAUUCCAUUCGGCCACUCCAGCAGCAUUGGUUUCCUGUCCGAAAUUCUGCAAGUGUGAAUUCGAUGAGGGUUCCGUAUACGCAAAAUGUAUUUCACAAAAGUUUUUAACUAAAAUCGAUGAUAAGCAGGCGAACACUAUCGAAAGAUUGGAUCUCAGUAAUACAUCUAUUACAUCGCUAGACAAACGAUUGAAAAAAUUGAAAAACUUGAAAUAUUUAGAUGUCUCCAACAACGAAUUGCAAAACCUCCAACACCUGACAAACCUACAAAACCUCCUGACACUGACUGUAUCUAAUAAUAAGUUGGAAACUGUGCCCGUUUCCGUAUUACCAAAAAAUAUAAGAGAUUUGGACAUAUCUUACAAUUCGAUUUCAGACUUACCAAAGGAUAUAUCUAGUCUGCACAAUCUGAAAACUCUGCAUUUGCAAGGGAACCCUGUAAACUGCGAUGAAACUGCAAUAAAUAGAUAUGUUAAUUUGGUAACACUUAAAGUGAAUAUAACGGAACAUGUGGAAUGCUAUAGUCCAAAGGAUGUGAAUGGAAAAAGAUUGCAAACUUUGAUUGCUGACUCUCUGCUGAACCCAAUGUUGGGCGAUCAAGAAGAGACCAGCGAAAUGGAGGAAGAUCCAGACAAUUCCGAAUUUAUCAAACAUUCCACCGAAAAGCCUGAAAAGUUGGAGAAACCCCCGCAGGAGGAUGAUCUUUUCGAGGGUAGUGGUGAGGAGGGUAGUGGUAACUACGAGAAGGAAGAACCAUCUGCGUGUAUUAUCGAUUGUUCGACUUUCAAACCUUUGGAAAUAAUGAAGGAGAACAAUACUUCUCCUCUUUUGUCGAUCAAAGAACAAGUUGGUAUCUUAUUCGAAGAUUUGUUCGGAAAAGAGCAGGAUCCUACAACAGUUGCCCCUACAUCAACGAAAGAAACUCCAGUUGAGGAAGUUGCCACCAAGAAAAUAGUUCAUGAAGUGUCAGCAACUAAGACAACUAUGAAACAGACUGAAAAAUUAAUAGUCGCAGCUAAAGAGAGCAAGACUUCAGAAGACCCAAAUAAAGCUGCAUUUGACGAAGGAUUAACUUAUUAUCUGAUUGGAACUGUGAUCGUUCUGAUGGUGGUAGUAGCCAUCUUUAUAAUAGUCAAAAAGAGGGUUUCCCAAGGAAAAUCCAGGAGAAGACGCAACUCAAUGACCGAAAACGGGAUUUGUGAAGAGAUGAAACCAUUAGGCAAAUACAGGGAAAUAUCGAAUGGCACUAACAAUGAGCAACAGAAAGAAGACAAUGUGCGUCCUGAGAGGAUUCCGUUGAUAAACGGCCAAAACGGCAAGACUGACCUUCCUAAAGAUUCGAUGGAAGAAUUGGACAUAACAAUGAGGUCGGCAGACAACGAAGAUGGUGCAAGUCCGAAGCCCGAAAGAGUGACCAUCAAAUCCAGUGAGAUUCCUCCCUCGGUCCUCAAAACCCCCCAGCUGGUACAUCGCGAGAUCAAUAGCGAUGGGGAAAUUGUUACCAAACCCCUCGAUGAUAGUUACUGAUUUAGUUCUUAAUCGGUGCGGUCUUUACUUGAAUACCAAUUUAUAAAAUGAAUGUGAUAAUUUUUUGGACUUCUCGUUCCUAUCUUGUUUUAAGAAAUCAACGGAUUGUGCAGAGACUCUUCAGUGACAUUUACGUAGAAGAAUUUAGAUAGUUUGGUGCUUCAGUUCUGCAAGUAACGAGGAGGAAAUGUGAAGCAACCGUUCACUAGAUUCACUGAUUCGUAUUGUGUUCAGUUCUUCGGAAAGUACCGUUGUUACCUUCGAAAUCCCGAAACGUAAUUGUUUUUUUUUUCAGUGCAAAUGUUGGAAGAAGGUGAAGAACUAAAGACAGGAAACGGCUGAUGUUUAGCAAAUUGAAAAAUUCUUCCGAAGUUCGGAGUUUCAUGGGUUUGUUGCUAAUGUGCAUUCGUGAAAGAACUAAAGGCUGAGAAUUAAAAUGGACGUUGCAUUCAGUCCACCCAAUUCAAUAUAUUCAGUAAGACUUAACACUGGAUGUUGUUUUUUUUUUUUACUUGGAACCAUUCAAUUUUCUUUUAUCAAUGACUGUCUGAAUUUGCUCAGAAUCGCAUAUUCACAUACGUGAAUGUUUUUUUCUUUCCACAAUGUGUCAAUAUGUUGUUCUUACUUUUAUUGAAUGGAAUAUUCAUUCAAAUGGAAUGGGAUCCAUUUAAAGUUUUAUAAUUUUGACAUUUCAGAUCAUCAUUCGUUUCUUAGCGUCUUAUUUUCUUUUAUAAUCUGUUUUAUUUUCGUGGAGAUGUUGCUAUUUUCCGUAUGAAACUCAAUUGAUUCCUAUUUCUUCAAUUACAUUCUUUGUUUCUCCUGUUUCUUUGUCACACUUCAUAUAGUGUUUCAUUCAGUAAUAUUCGUUGAUAUAUAUAACUCAAUAUUGUAAGGGUCUUUAUUUUGACGACAGGAAUAUGAGAGUUUCAGAUUUAUAUUGCAGUUCAGUGUUCCAGGCGAACAGUAUUUCUUAUAUAGAAAUAUUAUGAACCAUUUGUUUCCAGAAGAAAACCUCUAGAUUUCAGGUGAAUCAAGGGAAACAUAUUUCAUUGACCAAAAAUGUAGAGAGUAUUACGAAAUUCGAUAAAGUCAUAAUAGUUAAGUCUUCUGAUUUUUUUAUAAUAGUGAAUCAAACAUUUUGUACAUAGACACCAUUUGUGUUAACCUCAGAAAAAGGAUAUGUGUGAGACUUGGGAUGAAAAAAAAAUAGUAAUUUCAUUUUGUCCCGUACACAUUUUUAAACGAAUGUUAUUUAAAAGUAUUUAUGUUAAUGUUAUGAUUGUUGUCAAAAUAUAUUUAUGUCGAAAUUCA